AUGUUGUGGUUCGCCAAGUUAAAGCCCAAUUCAAUCAGAGGCUUCACGGAGUUGGCCAAAGCCUUCAUCAGCCACUUCCAGAGUAGCGUAAAGCAGAAAAAAACUACAGCCAAUUUGUUGGCUAUCAAGCAGCGUGCUGACAAGUCCAUUAAAGAUUACAUUACCCGCUUUAACGCUGAGAGCCUGGAGAUCAAGGACCUGGACGAUGCGAUGGCUUUCAACGCCCUGCACAAUGAAGUCACCAACCACGAUUUAGUAAAGUCGCUUGCGCUAGAUCCGGAGAUGACUAUGCCACAGCUACUGGAUCGUUGUUACCAAUACGCCAACAUGUUCGAUAUCAUGAAGGCGAGAAAAGCAGUGGAUGGAAAAGCUCCCGAGAAGAAAACGAUGAGUGAAAAGGAAGACAAGAAGGGGGACGACAAGAGAGGGAUUCAAGUCCCGAAAGACGUGAUCCAGAAAGGCCACCUGAGGCGUUACAUCAAGGAGGCCAGAGAUAAUCCCCGAGGUCGAGAAACCCCAAGGAAUGACUGGCGAAGAGAUGAUAAAGCCCAAAGAGGGGGAGAUUGGGAUCACCAAGGCGAUCAGAGAAACAAUCAUCGGGAAGUCAGGAGAAAUCAGGACGAGACCAACACGUCCACGGCCCCAGCAAUCCUCACCAUUUUGGGAGGACCAGGGCAAGAGUCGACUCGUAGAGCUAAGGCAAAAGCGAGAUUUAUAGCAGUAGAAGAAGUCUUCGAGAAGAAAGCACGCACGGAGCCUGGAAUCACCUUCUUGAAUAAAGACAUGGAGGGGGUGAGCUGGCCACACGACGAUGCUGUCGUGGUUCAGGAAGUUAUAGCCAAUCGACCUGUCCACAGGGUCUUAGUGGAUACAAGAGCAUCUGUGGAUAUGCUAUCCUACGAUGCAUACUUACAAUUUGGGUUCGAGCUCGGUACGGUGAAGCCCGAGGCCGCACCAUUGUACGAAUUCUCAGGGGCACCAGCCCCAAUUGAAGGAUCUGUAGAGCUCCUGAUGACAGUGGGAAUGGCCCCAUGCCAAAAGACCGUAAAAGUCAACUUUAUGGUCGUUCGAGCUGCCACAGCCUACAAUGCCAUACUGGGUCGACCUAGUCUGAACAAGUUGGGAGAGGCAAUUUCUACCAAGCACCUGAAGGUCAAGUUUCCCACCCCUAAUGGCAUAGGGGAUUGCCAGACAGAAUAA